GAUAGAGGCGGAGGUGUCAACAGGUACUUCCUGAUGAACCAAGCUCCACUAAUCUGGGGCAGGACUUGGAAUAAAAAGCCAGGAGGGGAAGGAGACAGGAUCCAGGAUCCUGCAACUUUUGGGGGAAAAUCUUAUUCCAGGAGGGAACUAUCCCCAGUUACGAUGUUUACUAUUUUCACGGAGUUGCUAACUGUCCUACUGUUCCUGGUAUCUGCUGAAUAUCUCUUGCUCAUGUGGCUUUCCUGUACCUCCUCUGAAUACUGCUUGUUUUGGGUUUCUGCUGUUCCAGUCACUGCAGAUGGUGUGCGGAUAUCUGGAGGGAAGCCAUGCACCCCCCAUUCACAGCCGUGGCAGGCAGCUCUUUUCUCCGGCUUCAGUCUGAAAUGUGGCGGGACCUUGAUCCACAAAUCCUGGGUGCUGAGUGCUGCCCACUGUAAAAUGAGAAGGCCGUUUUUCCUCCGCCUCGGAGAGCACAAUCUCAAGCGCAUCGACUGGUCCGAGCAGAUCAAAAUUGCCUCCAAAGUCAUCGUGCACCCUGCCUAUGACCCGCAAACGAAGAACAAUGACAUCAUGUUGAUUAAGCUUCUGCUUCCGGCGUGCAUCAACGACAAAGUCCAGACUCUUCCCUUGCCCAGCAGUUGCCCAGUUCCUGGGAUGGAAUGCCUCGUGUCUGGAUGGGGUACGACCACAAGCCCACAAGUAAAUCUUCCUAACAACCUGCACUGUACAAACAUCUCCAUCAUCGAUCAUCAUGUUUGCCGGUCCAUCUACCCUAAUUUCAUCACUGAGAACAUGGUAUGUGCUGGAAGGUUGGAAGGUGGCGCAGAUUCUUGCCAGGGUGAUUCGGGCGGUCCUCUUGUCUGCAACGGGAAACUGCAAGGCAUCGUGUCCUGGGGUCCCGACGUAUGCGCACAACCUAAUAGACCUGGAGUCUAUGUUAAUGUCUGCAAAUACGUGGAUUGGAUUCAAGAAACUAUCCGCAACAAUUGACGGUUGGGUGGUUC